AUGCAAAAUUUACGUAAACCACCCAAACAACAAGCAAAUAAAUUUAUCCAUUUAUCUAGGAUAUUAUUAAACUUAUCCAUCAUAUUCAAUCUAUCAUUUCAACAAUGUAUGGCAACUAAUCCUCAAACAGAUAACAUUCCCUAUGGCAUUGGAAAUGCUACCGUUACAAUUAUUGGUAAUCAAGCGACAAUUAUAAUUCCAUUUGCAGCCAACAUUAAUCCAGAAAAUUUAAAUCACGCUAAACAUCUCAUAUCUUAUCAGUGGUUUUCCUCCAAUUGCCAAACUGGUCAAGUCAACUUUAGGGACAAAACCAAGAGCAAUCCUUUUCUCUACAACCUUCCAUAUGGAGAAAUACACUAUAGCUUCAUCAUUUUUAGCUUUUAUACCUGUUUAAAAAUGAAGGUCAAUCUAACUAGCAUAAUUCAAGGUGAUGUUCUAGCGAGUAAUCAAAGUAAGGGAGUGGAAUAUGUAGAUGUUAAUCCUUACGUCCGUUUUUUUUCCUGGAGAACCAAGGACUACGCAAUACCAAAUGCUCCCAGAAGAAUAAGAAUUAAAGCCGACUUAAGUAAAGAAGGAGCUCAAGUACUGAUGGAUUCCAGUUCCUGGACUUACAACUUAAUUGAUAAUAAAUUAACCUGCCGGGUAAAGAUAAAAUCAAUCAAUCUAGCUGCAAACAAGAGUAAGUGCAUUAAUUUCAAGCAAGACCGAAUGAAUUUCAGGUCGUGUAGGGAAUUCAGAGUUCUUAUGGAAUAUAUAUUACAUUUUAUAGGGGGUAGAAAAACGCUAUUGUUAAAGGAAUGUCGAGAUUCAAUUAAUCCGUUCUAUAUCAUACAGUUCUUCAUCUUUCCUAUUGCAUAG